CAAAGUCCGCUUCGUGGAGCUCUUGUUGGCGAGCCGGGGGUCUGAGCGAGGCUCUUUGUCAGGCGCAUGGAAGGCGAGGUUGGCGGCAGCCGGCACUUCCGCGCCGGCGCCAUGUGAUCCUCCACGCGGAUGGAAAGGGCAAGGCAGGAGAAUCCACCUUGGAGGGAAGUCCUCGAGGGUCCCCUUUGGCAGGCGCUGGCGAUUGCUGGUUACAAUGAAUGUUGAACAUGAAAUCAACCUGUUAGUUGAAGAAAUUCGACGGCUGGGGACCAAAAAUCCUGAUGGGACAUUGAGUGUGAAGUUUGGAGUGCUGUUUGAGGAUGAGAAAUGUGCCAACCUUUUUGAGGCUUUAGUGGGAACCCUGAAAGCUGCAAAACGACGGAAGAUAGUUAAUUAUCCUGGAGAGCUGCUUUUGCAAGGAGUUCAUGACAAUGUUGAUAUCUUGUUAUUGCAGGAUUAGUUACUUUCCAGCAAAUGGCAUUUUUUAGGUAUCUAUAUGUAACUCAGAUCAAAAUGCAUUUGAUUGAAAGUAUAUCUUCCUAUUUAUCUUUAUAAAAUUAUAUAUAAAAAUC